AACACUUCGUCUUGCAAACCUUUCAGGUUUAGUCAGUCAGCACUCCAGGACUUCCAUCAUGCUUCUCCUUACUGAAAAUACCAGUUUCCAUUUUGUGGCACAUUUUGGCAGCAUUGUUCUUGCGAUCAUCUCUCAGAUAAUCUCAGAAAUAUUUUUCUAUCUGGUAAAGGAUGACAACGUCCCAAAUGGUAUUUUUCAGACCUCAUCCUGGAAUGUUUCUGAGACCUUUUCCCUGGAGGUGACUAUGGACAGUUGGUCUGAGAACUACUGGAUAGCGAUUGACUUGUGGUCUAAAAUGUGGCUUGUUUAUGCAGCUGUGAGCCUCCAUAAAAGAAACGUGCUUGGUCCUGAGUCCUGCAAUCCUGAAAUCCACCCUCCCAAAUUCUUUCUGAUGUGGACUUUCCUUAACUUUGCACGGGUGUGUAGCAUCCCUCUGAGGGAGAGGCAUUACAUCCUACCAGCGAUGUUGUUCAGGUGGAUUCUACCACUAUACAGCUUCUACAUGCUGUCCAUGUCCUAUUCCAACCUCAAUAAGCACACAGCUUGGCUGACUAUCAACAACACAGCUGUGAUCCACUGGACACGUUAUCUGACGCAGAAUGGGUUAGCUGUGUUUGCCUGGUGGACUCUCUUGCAUUCUGUGGUGGAUUUUGGCAUAGUGCUUAAAUAUUAUGCCUAUGUGCAGGACCGGGUGGCAAGCGCUGUUGUCCUUUUCCUAAUCUCCUUGUGCAUUCUUACAUGGUUAACCCUACAGAACUUCUUUUUGAGAAAGUACAUGCGCCAUACAUUCAGCAUUUACCCCAUUCUGGUUCUGGGACUGAGUGCAAUGUUCACCAACAGCUACCAUGUUCAGAAUUUCUCCAUUAACACUGCUGUCUGUGGAGUCCUUAUGCUUCUGAUAACCAUCAUGAGUUUCAUCCAUUUGAUCUCUGCAUGUCUGAAGAAGUCCCAUAAACCUGGUGCUGCAGAACUGAGAUUUCAGGAGUGUGAGACUGUUUACCAACCAGAAGGGCAUAUCAAGCACAAACUAGAAAUCUGAGUUCUAGUGCAAAAGCAGAAAGUACAAUAUGAAUUUUGAGAAGUGCGUGUUAUACAUCCACCACCAAAAGGUGGCGACAAAUGCUUGCAUUAAAAUGUUUGGUUUCAAAGUGGUUCCUCACCAGGAGAUGGCAAAGUGGUACAGGACAAUGGUGCAUACUUAGAUUUAAUGCUCAUAAGGGGGAAACUAAACUCUUUUAAUGAAAAAAAACAAAAACAAUAGUGACCCUAUACAGAUGUUAAUUUUAGGAACUUUUUAAUGUUUCUAAACUAAAAGUUAAAAUUGUAUUGCGUUUUAAUUGUGUGCUCACAUGCAUGGGUGUUUACCUACAUAUAAAAUUCCAUUAAUGAGUUAGAGAACAUCUGUAUUUUUGUCUGCUCCUCUUCUGGAUGUGUGACACUGUACCAGGGAAUUAAUCAUACCAAAGUUUAAGAGAGCCCACUUGGUCGUCACCGAUUAAAGAACAGAAUAUUAAACAUGCCCUUUGGCUUUGUAGAAGAGGAACUCAACCUUUGAGGAAGAGACAAAGACAAGAUUGAUACAAUAAAUAUAACCAUGGCAAUGCCCUUUGUUCAAAAAUAAAGAUGUGUUAUGCAACCUCAAUAAUGGUUUGAAGGGUUCCAAUAAAAAAUGCAACCAUUAUCCAUAUUAUCUUGAAUAUUUUA